CUAAAGUUUUCACAAAUAUCCCACGCAGAUUCUUUUUAUAAUUGUGUAUUGUUUUAAUUUUUGAACAAAACUGGUAAAGCACAAAUUAACAAUCUCAGUCAAACGUUGAAUUUUUUCUAAUAAACCACGUAAAUCUUUAGGAGAUAACAUGAAGUGUUUAGGACUUUGGAUAUUUUUCUUAGCUGCCAUCAGCCUCACUUAUGCAGCAAAUAAACCAAAUUGUAAAAGCUGCCUUACAGUAGCAGAAGUUGGCAAGGAUAUUUUAUCUUCUGGUGUCACAGAUGAACAAAUAGAAAAAAUUGGACAUUUGGCGUGCACUUUCGUUCCUGAAUUCGUCAAAGGUUUAUGUCCAUCAAUGAUCGACAAAGUUUACAAAAAUGUAUACAAUGAGGUAGUAGUUAAUGGCAUGACUCCAAAGGAUAUAUGCCAUGAAGUGAAGCUAUGCUAAAUCUCUUAAAACAUAAUAUGUAAAUAAAAGAUGAAUUAAAAAGUAUAGGCGAUAUUCUUUGUGCUUCGUUACCGACCUUUGCUAGAAGCUUUUGUCCAAGCACCAUACAAACCGUUUACCAGAAUUUACGUAAACAAUUUGUGGUCAAGAAAACUACUCCUCAAACAGUUUGUACUAAAGUGAAAAUGUGUUAAAUUUAAAAUUAAAAUAAAGAAAUGUAUCG